UCGUUGAUAGGCACAAACAGGCACAAAACGAGCGUUCUGGCUCUGGCUUGAGCAGGUCAAUAGUGUCGUCAAAAGUGUGGUUUUUUGUGUUUAACGAAAGUAUAAAGCAGAGCAGGAGGCAAGAGAAGACGACGCGGAUCCAGAUUGAGAGCCCAAUAUGUCCUCAGCGCAAGUGGAUCGCGCCACGAAGCUGGACAAGCCGAAUAGAAAGGAAAAUGAAAAAUCUCGCAAGCCUUUCCCGCCACAUAAGAAGCAUAAGCACGAUGACAAUCGUCACCACCACAAAUUUAGCCGGAAGCGUCUCCAGAGUUACAAUGUCAAUGGAAAAUGUCCGCCUGCCAAGCGCUGGAAAAAGGAAUUUGGCUGCAAGAAGGACAUUGUCCUGCCAACGAAAUUUCUUCUCGGAGGCAGCAUCUACGAUCCUCUGAACUUGAACAGUCUGCAAGACGAAGAAGUAAACCGAGCAUUGAAUGCUGUUACUCCAAAGUCGAGUCCACUGCCAACGCCGAAACACAGAAAGGGAACAAUUGAAGUGAUUAUUCCACCCAAUAUCUGCGAUCCGCUGAAUCUCAGCAACUGCAAUGAUGAUGAGGAGUACGAGAAGCAGCUGAUUUCUCCAACAAAGAAGAGUUCUAAAAAGAGGAACAGGAAAAAGAAGCGAGCCCUUUCUUUUAGUUCGGCGACUAACAAAGUUAGCGAAGAUACUGAGACCAAGGAUGAAGAGGUGGUUGUUGAAAAUAAGGAUGCAGAAUCGGGGAAGACGGAAGUGGAGCCUCAAAUUCCUGAAAAGUGUAGUUCGCCCUCGAAGGAGCCAGAGAAAGAGCCGAAGGUUGAAAGUCAGGCGAAGGAUAAAGGCAAACUGCGGUUGAAGGUGUUCGAGGAACCGAAAGACAAGAGAUUGAGGAAGCUCGAUGUGAAAGACAGAAUUGUCAGUCCUGUUAUUCCACAACCUGGAGCUUGGAGAACCAGAUUUCUGCAUAGACCCGGUCAGGAUAAUAAUAAGAAGAAGCCGCCACAGCAGAUGCCGAAAUUCAAACCGAAGGAUGCGCAGUUUCAGUAUGGGAAUUACAACAGGUAUUAUGGGUAUCGGAAUUUACACCAGGAAGUGGACACGAGGCUGAAAGUCUUUGCCCAACGUAAAGAACUAUUCUGCGAGAAGGAUAUUCUCGACAUCGGGUGCAAUAUCGGCCACAUCACAUUAUCAGUGGGAAGGGAUUUUUCACCACGAAGCGUCACUGGAAUCGACAUUGAUCGAAAUCUAAUCAAAAUUGCUAGGAAGAACAUUAAGCAUUACGUCAACUGUGCCCAAUCGCCCGCAGCUAAGGAUGAUGGAGCCAAUACUAAGGACCAUGAUGCAAACUUUUUCCCAAUUUCAAUGCCAAUCAAUUAUGGACCCAUUGACGUUCCUGGAUUUAUGAAGGACAAGAGCCACAAGGGCUUUCCUUAUAAUGUCACCUUCGUCCAGGGCAACUACGUAUUGGAUGAUGAUUCGCUUCUUUCAUUGGAGCAGCCACAGUUCGAUGUAGUUCUUUGUCUUUCUACGACAAAAUGGGUUCAUUUGAAUUUCGGUGACGAGGGACUGAAGCAGAGUUUCAAACGAAUGUUCGCACAAUUGAGGCCAGGGGGGGUUUUGCUUUUAGAGGCUCAAAACUGGAACAGUUACGGAAAGAAGAAAACUCGUACUGAGCGAAUAUUUAAAAACUACCAGAGCAUCAAGUUCUUCCCAAAUCAGUUCACACAGUAUUUGCUCUCGCCCGAGGUCGGUUUCAGCAAAUGCGAGGUAAUAUCAAUUCCUCCGCACCCUUCCAAGGGAUUCCAACGACCACUUCACCUUUUUACAAAAGCUGCACCCGUCGAGGAGAGUCCCGUUUAUGUGCCAGCAGCAGCUGCCACCGCCGCCAAUCGAUUCGAGCACCGAGAUCAGGCGCCAAAAGAGGCCGACGAUCAAUAUUAUCUGCGAGGUCUUUUUCCAUCAGAUCCGCACAAUCCGGCAUGCAGCCAGAGAAGUCUCGAGUCGUUGAUGCAGUGCGAAUUUGACAGUGCCUACAGUCCCUACAAAACGCCCGUUUAUCAUUAUGACACGUCAGGUCCCACCAGCUAUGGCGCCGAACUCUCGCCGAUUUCACUGAGUCCGAAUUAUGAGGCCGAGGUGAGUGAGACAGUUCAGCUUAUUUCGAAUCAUCCCAGCGAAGAGGCGGCUCUCGAGAAAAUGGAAGAGGAGGAGACGAUGAGUGUUUCGGAAUCUCCAUCGAACGACACGUGAAUUGGAUGAAAAUUCUAGCAGGCAUUAAUCACAGCGCUUCUCUAAAAAGCCCGUGAUUCCACAUUUACUUGUUUCAAUCAGUGUUGACUUUUUUUCUUUUUUCUUCUUUUUUUUUAUCGCGUAGGAAUCCUAGUGAUUACUUUCAACAUUCACAGGGACUAGAGGUUGCAAAGUUUGUUCACAAUUGAAUUUAACUUCUAUCAAUUCUGGAUCCUAUAGGGGCGUUGUCGGAAAUAUAAUUUUCUCGAUGAAAGCCCUGAUUAACUUUUCAUUUCAAAAGGCGUUCUUUUUUAUUUGAAAGUUGCAUUAAUUGAUAUGGUAAUUAUCAACUUUUGUAUAAAGAGUUUCCCCGGAUUUAUUUUUUCUUUCUUCCAAGUGAUUGAAGAUGCGUGAAAAAAAUGUCGUUGGACGUGUUCCGAGAGUGUCUAUUCGGCUGGAAUAGUGAAGACAAUUUUUGAGCUCUGUGGGCCAAUUUUGAUACUUCAAAUAAUAUUCAGGGUGUCUACCUGACCGGGAAACUAUUUAUCGAUACUGAAGAUAAUAUAAGUGAUGAUCGUUUUCAAAUUUUUUUAAAAAUAUUUUACACUUUGUGAAAUAUUGAAAUCCGGGCUACUUUCAAACUCGUUAAUUGGUGUUUAUCGGAAAUUGUAAUAUAUAUUUACUUUAAUAAAAGAGUGAAAGAUUUACGUUUCAAAUAAAAAUACGAAAACUGCAAUUAUGAUUUGGAACAGGGGAUCUUGGAAGAGAUAUCUUUAAGUUUGAAUUUGAAAAAAGAAAUGUUCUAAAAGGAUUGUUACAGUUCUGACUUUGAACUGGGCCUUUUUAGGUAAUUUUGGAUUUGAUUAGAGAAUUUUUUGAAAAAAAAUUGAUUCAGAUCUUGAAUUUUUUUCCCCAAAAGAAUUGUAUAAUUCAGACUUGGAACAGUGCAUUUUCCAAAAGAAUUACACUUUUUAUUUGGAACGGGGAAUUUUUUUAACGAAUUAUGAUUCUGAUUUCGAACAGGGAAUUUUCUAAAAGAAUUAUACAAUACCGACGGAAGUUAUCUACACGCCUAUUUUUUAAGCUGUUGUUAAAGUCCCUAAAUUUGUAGCAAUUUAGGGAAUUUUAGAAAACCAUAAACAAAAUUGCUCAUAAUCGCACGGAAUUUAAUCAAAUUCUGUGUCUAAUAAUCGAAAGUUGACGGCAAAUUGUUAAUUUAUUAAAAAAGUAUUGCAAAGGAACGACAAAUUUGACAGUUUUUAAAAACAUUUUAAUUCUAUCCUAGUGUCGAACUUGGUGAAAAAUGUAAAAUUUCAAAUCAUGAAUGUGCUCACGAUAUGAUUGAAAAAAAUCGAAAACAAUAAUAUUUUUAUAAUUAUUAUUAAAAUAUUAUAAAUAAUGAAUAAAAAAAUAAUUCAUACAUUUUUGAUAUUUUUCGACUUUUUCGCAUCUUAUUUUAUCAUAGGGCAGAAUCUUGGACAAAAAAUGUUUUAAAUAUCUUAAUGUUAAUUUAGGGUGGCCGUUUUAAUCGACGAAAUAAAUUCCCGUUAAUUUCCCGGUUCGAAAAUAUUUGUUACUGUCAAUGAAAUUUAACAAAUCGAGCACUAAAGCUAAAAAAAUUCCAUUUAAGGUACUAGAAAGUGAGCUGCAAAUAAAAGCACUUAAAGUGAAACUGUUGAAUUUUGAACUUUUAAAAUUCAAGUUUAAAAGUUUUUUAAUUAAUAAAUAUUGUAUUCAAUUACUUAAUAAUUUACACCUUUAAAAUG